UACGCACAUGAAACAUACACUCUGCUAAGAUUAUGUCUUAUCAAGGUAUCUGUCCGUUCAUUUUCUGCAAGGGGAAAGCCCUAGCUUGCAACCAAAGUCGAUACAAACCUGAAGUAAACGGCACGGAUGAGGACCUCUGUGACUACUAAAUGUCAGAGCUGAACAUUACACUCUGCACUCUCUGAGAUUGCCUCACUAGUUUGUUCAAAUAAGGAAUAUGGGACAUAUUAAUAAUGUUCCAAUGUUCCAGCCGAAACAAUGGAACGGCAGCGUAGAUCAACUUCAGUAAAAGUGAAUCGCCUUGCAUUCUAACGAACCGGCUCCCAGGAUUUGAUUCUCAUUUGUUGUUUUUUUUCUAUGAUGGAUAUAAUGUGAAAUGAGCUCAAAAAAUGUGGCUGGAAUAUUUCAACCCGUGUUUAUAACGUAGAUGUCAUCACAACGAGGCGUGAAAAUGCACCAAAAGCGUACCAGAGAUAAUCAUUGACUAACUUGUUACAAAAAAGAAAUAUCAGUGCCACAACACACAAAGCUAUAUCAGUCAUCUCGCCUCAGGGAAAAGCAACGAUGCCCAAGUACUACAGUAUAGAUUUUUUUUCAUUCACCGUAAGACAUGAUUGAUUGCUGGCAAAAACAUAUUAUCAUAUCGGCUACUUAAGCUUUCGGUUAGCGCGGUAUUGCCUGGGAACUUGUCGGUACAUCAUGAUCAGUUCAAUUGUAACUUGAGCUCAGGCGAAGCAAGGGCUAAAGGAAAGAAAAGCAAGACAUAAAAGACAUGGAUCUAGCUAAAAGGAAACUAACGCCCUUCUUUGUUCUGACAAAGAGACAAAAAAGAAACAUCCGGAUUUGUUUGGGCACAAUCUUGAUGGCCUUGGCAUUUUAUCGAAUAUUCUAUCAUACACAAGAUGAACAAUCUCGUCUUGUUAAAACAUCCAAGUUAAAUCAAACAAAGCUAAUUUUGGUUUACACUCCACGUGCAAGCGAGCCAUGGGGUCCACGAACUGCUGAAGAAGCUAAGAACUACAAAUUUACAGAUUGGGAUGGCACUCCAUGCGAAGAAGACAGAUGUCAAAUCACUUUUGAUAAAAGUCUACGCAACUUUAGUGAUGCUGUGCUCGUACACGCCUUUGGUGCUGCGUUAAGCCGCGAAUGGAAUGUUGAACUGGCAAAGAGGAACAGGCCAUCCGCACAGAGGUGGGUCUUCUACACAAAAGAAAGUCCCCAGCAGUUUUCAAUGGCACCCAAAGGUGACGGCGUGUAUAACUGGACCGCAACAUAUCGACGAGAUUCGGACUUUUUUGUCCCUUACGGAUCUUAUUCAACAUUGAAAAUCCCAAAGAAGUCAGAUGGCGAGGACUUUGAGGAACAACCUGACGAG